CUCCAUUUACGUUCGUCGUGGGCGGGGACACGGUGUAGCAAAAUGAAGUAGCAUGGAUCCAAAUCUAACCGUUGUGUGAGGCGGUUCCAGGCAGCCCUUAUCGGUUUUCGAUGUGUUUAUGAGACUUUUAUUUGUGAACGUCAAAGCUUUGCUUUGAUUGAAUUAUCCUUUCCGUAAACCUUGCUUCUUUAAAGGCAUAUUAAGGUAUUAAACGCCAUUAGCCAGCGAAGUUAGCUAAGCUAACUGCAGAGACUCAGCAUGCCAAAUUUUUGCGCGGCUCCAAACUGUACACGGAAGAGUACUCAGUCAGAUUUGGCUUUUUUUCGGUUUCCUCGGGACCCUGAGAGAUGCAGGAUCUGGGUGGAGAAUUGCCGCAGGGCAGAUCUAGAAGCCAAAACAGCUGACCAGUUAAAUAAGCACUACAGAUUAUGUGCCAAACACUUUGACCCAGCCAUGGUGUGCAAAACUAGCCCCUAUAGGACUGUCCUGAAGGAUACGGCCAUCCCAACCAUAUUUGAUUUUAAAAGCCAUCUGAAAAACCCUCGCGCCAGGCAUCGGAAGGCGAUUAAAGAACUUACUGACGAAGAUAUACAGAGGAUGAAAGAAAGGAGCUUGGCAUCUUCUGCUGAGAAGGCUGCCAAAAAAGACGAGGAUUCCUCAAACGCCGCUGACAACGAGCCUCAGUUUUCAGCCGAGGAGAAAGAGUACCGGGACUACUUGAGGUCUUUGUUUGAGAUCCUGUUCAUGCUGGCGAAACAGGCGAUCCCUCUGACCACCGACAGAGUGUCGGAGGAAGAGCUCAAGGCCGACAACUUCCAGGCCGUCCUGGAUUACUGCAUGAAUGCCGGCGAUGAAGCUCUGAGGAAGAGGUUCCAGGCGACGGCGGUGAACAGCGAGUACCUCACGGCCACCCAGCUGAAUCAGCUCCUGGACGUUUGCGAGAACACGGUGAGGGAGGAGAUGCUGAUGGAGGUGAGGGAGAGCCGCUUCUACUCGCUGGUGACGGGCGACGUGGUCGAGUUCGCCGACAGCAAACACCUGCCCGUGUUCCUCCGCUUCGUCAACCAGCAGAACGUCCUCAGGGAGGAGUUCGUGGACUUCCUCCAGUUCGUGGACGGCGACGAGUCGGCGCUGGUGGAGAGGCUGGAGGCUCAGCUGGUGGAGCGCUGGGGGCUCAGCAUGGAGGACUGCCGCGGCCAGGCCCACAAGGCCACCGGCACCUCCUCCACCAAGAUGAAAGCCGUGGCCGUGCUGAUCAUGGAGAAGUACCCGCUGGCGCUGCACAUGCCGUGCUGCCACACGGCGCUCAACAUCCACCUGGCCAACAACCUGCCGUACCCCAACGUGCAGAUCGUCAUGGAGAACCUGAGGAGGAUCGCGUCGUUGUUCAAGGUGCCGCGCGCUCAGGACGAGCUGGAGAAGGCCAUCUCCACUCACUUCCAGAAGAAUCCGGAGAAAGGAAACGCGUUGAAGCAGAUGUGCUCCCCUGGGUGGACGGAGCAGCACAGCGUCUUCGACGUGCUGCUGGAUACGCUGCCUUCGCUCCUGCUGUGCAUGGACGGCAUCCGCGACAACGCCGACGGCCAGUUUCCCAGCCGCGUCACAGUCGACGCGUAUUCCAUCGCCGAGAGCCUCGCGGACUUCGAGGUGGUCGUCACCAUCGUCAUCCUAAAGAACGUCCUGACGUUCACCAGAGCCUUCGGCAGGAACCUCCAGGGGGAGACGCUGGACGUGUUCUCCGCCGCCAACAGCCUCACGGCGGUCCUCUACUCUCUGAACGAGGUCAACGACAACAUCGACGUGUACCACGAGUUCUGGUACGGCGAGGCCGUGAGCUUGGCCGCCAUCAUGGACGUCCCCGUGUCCGUGCCGAGGCUCUUCCUCCGCAAGCAGCGGGCGGCCGACCUCGGCGAGAUCCAGGCCGAGACCUACUUCAAGGAGUACGUGACCGUACCGGUGAUCCGCGGCAUCAUGCAGGAGGUGGAGGAGAUGUUCUCCGACAGCAACGUCAAAGCCCUGAAGUGCCUGUCGCUGGUGCCGGCCGUCAUGGGCCACAUGAAGUUCAACACCACGGAGGAGAACUACGCCGAGGACUACCGCGGCGACCUGCCCAACCCGGACACGCUGCCCGCCGAGCUGCACUGCUGGAGGAUCAAGUGGAAGCACCGAGGGAAAGAGGUGCGCUUGCCCACCACCAUCCACGAGACCCUGCAGCUGGCCGACGUCAAGUUCUUCCCCAACGUGGAGGCCUUCCUGAAGGUGCUCUCCACCAUGCCGGCGCUCAAAGUGGAGAACAGCGCGGGCGCCGGCGCCAGCGAGCGCCUGCAGGCUUAUCUGGGCAGCGUGCCGGCGAAGCAUCUGAACAAAAGUCUGGCCAUGCUCCACAUCAACAGCCACGUCAAACACGACCUGGACGUCAUGGUGGACAAAUACUGCCGGCUCUACCCCGAGGACGACUCUGAGGCCGAGCCCGAGGACGUGGGCGAAGACGUUAUCGUGACGAAGGUGAUCUGACGCUGUGGGGUCGGAGCUUGGCGUGGGCCGGUAUCAGGUUCCCGGUGUUUGGGUGACAUUAAUACAAAAAGCCCCAAAAAAAAUGUGUAACGUCGUCUAGUUGCAUUUAUUUAAAACAGAGAAGCAGCAGUUGUUCAUAUUAUUGAAUAAUGUAGAGCUUUUAUGUGUUAGUUUGGUUUAUUAUGCAUAGAUUAAAGCAAAAACGUUGACUAUAAAGCGGCGGUCUUCAGCUCCUGCAGCUUUUAUUGGUGGUGACGCUAUAUGUGCCCCAUCACCGGACGUAUUUCCAAACAAAUUAGUCUUUCUAGGAAGGAUGAGGAAUGUCUUUGUGCCAGUUGAACAGCAGCGAGGAGCCACAAGUGCUCCACUGCUGCUAGAGCAACCUCCAGAUGGCCCGAAAACCGCUGUGCAGCAACAGGUGGGGGAGGGGCAGCGCCGCAAUAGUCUGAUAUCCAGCUCCACACCGGUGCUUUGUGUGCAUUCUGAUUAAACGCAUUUUUAAAAGGCAGUAAAUGUGAGAGGUUUUUAGCCGUAAACCUUAAGAAGAGAAACCGAAGCUUCGACUAGUCAGCAAGAUGACGCUGACGCUCCAACAGGUUCGCACUGAAAUUCAAACCAAUGUGAAAAGUUGUUUUUUUUGGGGGGGGGGGGGGGGUUUCCCCACCAUCAGUUUAUGGAGCUUAUGUUUUUAACAAAAAAUGUCAAAAGGUUGAACAUUUAAAGAGGCGUCCAUUGCCUGAUGUGUAAAUAUUCAGCGUAUCUCCAGCAGACUGUUCAGUUCUUGUUUGUGAUGAAAAUGUAACUUAGUGAAUCAAAUCCUAAUAUUUUUUUUGUUUUGUCUCGCUUUUUUUUUUUUGUUGUUGUUGUAGCCUUUUGAUAUUUGUAACUUUGGUAGCUGAGCUGAUGAUGUGUUUUUAAAUCAAGCCACAUGAUGGAGGCAGAUCGCCCAGUUCUUGAAGCCUCUCUUCAUCUGACUUUCAAACCAGAGUAACAGCUGAAGUGACUCUAUCUGUCGCCUAAUGUGCUUCUUUCUUGUAAAUCCUAAUUAGUCUGCCGUACAUUCGCAUAUUGAAGACAGAGCAUAUGUUUGAAGUUACUCAGUACUACAUUAAUGUAUCGUUCUGUAAACGGGCUUGGUUUUUCUCAUGUAUAGUGAAGUUGAAACUUGUUUGGUAUUUUUUCUACAAGUAUUUUCAGAGGAAUGUUUUUUCAUUUCUUUUAAUUAAACACCCUAUAAUGGAAAAAAA